AUGGGGAAACGCAGACGUACCAUUUCCGAUGUGACCUGCUUUAUUGAAUCAAUUCUCUCCUGCAGGCGUAUCGAGGAGCCUGACGCAAGCUUUUCCUUGUCCCGCGUUAGCGAUGGAACGAAUUCAGGAAGCAGCCGCAGUAGCAGUUGUAGCCGAAGCCGAAGCGAAAGUAUGAAUGGAACUUCCACAAACAACAGAAGUGCCGUUUCUCGAGUCCUGACGACCCCCAGUGGAAGUAUGAACCCUUCAGAUUCUCAAAAGAGCACUGGAAGUGCAUUUGCAACAGAAAUAAACUUUUUUUGCCGAGCGGAAGAAGAUCUGGCAGACAUGUCUCUUUACUUGGCACGAGUUGUGUCCUCCGCGCGGACUCCAGAGGCUUUUGUUGCACUGGUCGAACAUUUUUCAAAGUACGGCGCUGAAACCGUGAUGUUAUCGCUCAAGCGUUCCGGCACGCAGCCGAAGCUGCUUGGACAUCUUUGCAGUGUCCCCGAUGGAGGACUCACCAAAGGGUAUCAGCAGCUUUUUCUUAGAUUUCUUGCUUUUCUUGUGAGGUUGUGCGAUACGGAAGUCCUUUACGAAGAGGAGUUGAUGAAGUUUCUACUUCGGUGCUGUCAAUCACACGCAGAGGCCUCUGUUAAUUCAGCUGCGUCGAGUAAGAGGCCAUCACACUGGUCCCAGGGAGCUCGGCAAGCUGCAGUGGUGCCAGCACGUUCAUUGAAACUAUCGGAAAUUAAACGGGGUGUGGAUGCACUUUGCGGGGAAGAGGAGGAUACUUCCCACGCUUCGUUGGCUCUUCGUGUGCUGCUCGAGAUUGUUUUUAGACAAAACAGAAAUACUUCACACCCAUCGGAUCCCAAUUUUUUUAUUGUUUUUGCGGAACUUGGAGGUUUUAAAAUUGUUUCUGCCCUCCUUGAGACGGAGGAAUGUGCCGAUGCGCUUCACCUGUUGGAGGCAGUGACGCUCUGCGAGGGAUUACGUGGAGUCUACGCAUCGGAGCUGCGGAUAACGACCGUCUUUUUGGUGCGUUUAAUAACCGAGAAUGAGAAGCAGAUCUGUAAGGUCGCACCACGCUGUGAUGAGAAAAAUGCCGCGCUGCGUGUUUUAACAAAUGUGACAGGUUUGGUUCCCUCUGUGUUGAGUGGAUCCCCGCAACUGAGCCGCGCGCUGGCGAUUGUGGCUGCGAAGACGUUGACAGACGCUGAGGCUGUUUCUGACACACUUGCCUUUACACUCUGCUUCACCACAAAUAUCGUGAAGUGGGAAGCCAGCCAGAAGCGUGACGAGUUCACUAGCGUUCUUGUUGAGAGCCCCUCAUUUUUGACGUGCGUUGCGUGUUUGGCUUUUAGUGCAUACCAUGCUGAAGACAUGGAGAAGAAUGUGUUGGCUGGCUACUAUGCUCUUCUUCUUGCCGUCCUCUCCUUGUGCGAAUCGCCCAAAGCGCAGUUGCGUGUUCCUGUCAUGACGGCGGUUGCCCACGCGACGAGAGGGACGGCGGCACUGAAGAAAGUAGAAGAUAAGCCCAUGACACUUAUUGUUGCCAUCCUGCAAGAAUUUCUUCUGUUUCAAGGAUCGGCAGGUUCACUGACAAGAGAUAGUCUCGUCUCGAUGACUGGUAUCAUCGACAGCGUUGCUGAGUGUAAUGGCAUAGAGGUUUCGUCAGAUGAAUGA